GGGAACAGGGCCUGGGCCUGAGCCCUACUCUGGGAAGACCACCCUGUGCCCGCCUCAGGUCCUGCCCAGGCCCCACUGACCAUGGGCGAGAGGGAGGAGGAUGACGGUGAUGAAGAGGAGGCCUGGCUGCAGCUGUGCCCCGUGGAGCCCCUGCCCUCCCAGUGCUGUGGCGGUGGCUGCACCCCCUGUGUGUUCGACCUCUAUCACCGAGAUCUGGCCAGGUGGGAGGCGGCCCGGGCCAGCAAGGACAGGAGCCUGCUGAGCCGGCAGGAGCCCCAGAGCUGCCCUUCCGGCUUGAACCCAGAGACCUUCCUGGCCUUCAGCAUCAGCACCGUGGACAAAGUCACUGAGGACACCUAUCUGGCCCGCUUUGCAUUGCCUAGGAACAGCCAGCUGGGCCUGCGGCCUGGCCAGCACCUCAUCCUACGAGGGACAGCGGGUGGCUUAGAAGUUCAGAGAGCGUAUACGCCCAUCAGCCCUGCCAAUGCGAAAGGAUACUUUGAAGUUUUAAUUAAGUGCUACCAGACGGGGCUGAUGUCGCGGCUCGUGGAGUCCUGGAGAGCAGGAGACACGGCUUUCUGGAGAGGGCCGUUUGGAGGCUUCGUCUAUAAACCAAACCAGUACGGUGAGCUCCUCAUGCUGGCUGCAGGCACGGGCCUGGCACCCAUGGUGCCCAUCCUGCAAAGCAUCACGGACAAUGCCGAUGACGAGACCUUCGUCACCCUGGUCGGCUGCUUCAGGACCUUUGAGGGCAUCUACCUGAAGCCGUUCCUCCAGGAGCAGGCCCGCUUCUGGAACGUCCGCACCUUCUUCGUGCUCAGCCAGGAGGACUCCCCGGAGCAGCUCCCCUGGAGUUACCGGGACAAGACGCGCUUUGGCCGCCUGACCCAGGACCUGAUAGAUGAGCUGGUCGGCUCCUGUCGCAGGAAGCCCUAUGCCCUGGUGUGUGGCCCGUCGGAGUUCAACAAAGACAUGGCCAAGGGCUUGGUGCGGGCGGGGCUGGCCGAGGGCUCCUACUUCCUCUUCUAGCCCUAGCCUCCCUCUCAGGGGCCUGCCUGCCUGGGCUGAGCCCCAAGGACCAGAAGGGAUUGGACAGAAGGGGUGGGGGCUUCUUGGAGCCCGGCUGAGGGGGCUAUUAGAUGUCCCCGUGGGAGCCUGCGUGACACAGUCGGGCCGUGAGCAUUCCAGAAAUGGCUGGAAAAGAAGUCCCUGAGAGGAGACAUUGUCCUGUGUAUUUUCAGUGCCACAAGCCUAGGCCCCCAGUAAGGCUUGGCUUCUGUGGCCUGACCCCAGAGCAGCGGGGCCCUGGAUCACCUCUAGUUCGUAACCACUACACAUGGCUUUGCCCUGAGCCUCCCUCCCCUACUGGAGAGCCCCGCCCACAGCCACCACCACCCCUCCCCGCGGCAAAAGAGGUGCCCCUCCCGCUUCCAGCCUGCUCAGGCUCCGCUCUGCAAGCACCUUCAGCUCCCGCGCCCUGGAGACGGUUGCUAUGGAGAUCUAAAGAUAGAGCAGGAGUCUGGAGACCUGGGUCCUUCUAGCUCUGCCCACUGAGCGGCUGCUAAUUCCGGUCCACCCACCCCACCUCUUCCAUCCUGCACCGGGCGUGCCCUCCCCAGGGAUCCGGGCGCUGGCAGCCACUCACCGCAGCUAAUGAAUUCUGCUGUUCCCUGCUGGGCCCCAGGGCACGCUGCCAGUCAGCCUGGCUCCUGGACAUCCCCAGUCAACGCCAGGGAACCCUAGAAUCUGGGGACCUGGAUGCCUGGCACUUGGGCUGGAUGAUCGCAGACUCCAUCAGUCAAAGAUUAAGUUCAUCGUCCAGGAUGCACCCAGGCUGUCAGACGUGGGGAAACUGAGUCCGUGGGGAAACUGAGGCCCGAUGAAGAUCAAUGGUUUGCCCAGAGCAAAGCAGUCACGACAGAGGCAGCAUCAGAAGCCUCUUCAUUUCCAUCCCAGGCUCAGACCCGGCUCUGCCUCAAACUGGGCUCCUCCCCCACUGGGCAGCGGCAUGAUGGGAUGUUCUCGUGGGGUCCCCAGGCCUGCCCCACCCCCCUUGAGUCAAGCAGUCCCGCUUUUAUCCCGUUUUUCUACGGGGCCAGGGAGUGCUUGGGUUUAUCUCCCCUCAGUGUGCAUGUGGGUGAGGUGGAAGCGGUUUCUCUCUGCCCAGAACCUGUGCCUGGUAGCUGAGCGGUGCCACGAGCCAUCAUGAUGGCCCUUUGGGGAUGAUGGCAAAGUCCUCAAACGAUUUCAUGGGGAGAUGUCAGGGUCAGGUCAAGUCCGCGUGGGGUAACCGUGUCUCUUGGCCUCAGAAUCGCAAUGUGUUCUGGCACGCCCAGAACCCUGACACUGCUGCCACCGAGUGGCUUUGAGGCAGCCAGGCCCACGCUUGCCGAACAGGGCUGCCACGCACUAGCUUCUCAAGGGGCGCUGUUCCAAAGCAGGCCACCAGGCCUUUCUUCCACUGCCCCUCUGGGUGAGUCACCCCGGCAACCUUCCGGUCAGAGGCCCAGCACCCAGCUAUGCCUGCCACCCAGGGACUCAUUAGCAUAUCAGGGCUCUGGAAAGAACCUGCUUACCUUUCCUUUGGCUCUGAGUUUCUCAAGCCUGUCCAAGUACAGGGCACUCCAUCCUCCAGAACCUUGUGACCCCCGAAUUCCAGGAACUACACACCCACCGGGAGACACCAGCGUCUUUCACAUCUCCUGAUCCAGCUAGUGAAUGGGGACAGCCCGGGCAGGGCCCGUGGCUGCUACUUCCUGGGCCUGCGACGGUGUAGAUGGGACUCCCAAACCCACGCAUGCGGUACAUUCUGACUCGCAGAGUAGAACUGCCCCUGUGGGGUCCCCAUCUUCCUCUCCUGGAGGAACUGGUGGGUUUAAACUGCCAACCUUGUGGUUUGCAGCCCAACACGUAACCAGCGCCCAAGCCACCAGGUUUCCGUGCGUGACUCUCAGGACCUCUGAAAUCUAGGGAUUCCUCUCCCCAGUCCCAUGGCUCUGCAGUGUCCCUCUAAGCAGUGCCCCUGGCAUGCCUGUUCUGAGCCAGGCUGCUGGGGGCGCCAGGAAACAGCAGUGAGCGGGCAGGUGUGGCCCUUCUGUCUGCAGACGCUACCCUUGUAAUUCCAGAAGCAACGAGCGCCAUCCAAGGGAGGUGGGUGGACUGCAAGGACGUUUGGCCCGACCUGCCAUUGCCACUGAGGCUGGAGACACCAGAGGCCAUACUCACAAGGUUAUCCCCACCUAGGGGUAAAGGGCCUACGGACGUCCCUGUCCCAGCCCCCUGCUGUUGAGAUGUUAGGGCCACCACAGCCCCUGGUGCCCUUCCCCUCCCUCUGUGCUGCUGCUGUGCUGCAUGGCACAUUUGGUGCAGAUCCAGGAUGCCAAAAGGUGCCCCCUGGGGCCACCAUGUAAACAGUGCAGACCGGGGCCAUGCCUCCUGAGACAAGCCAGCCAUGAAGAGCAGAGGGCCCGGGCUGUGUGAGCAUGGGCCUCCUGGGCAUGGGGGUGAACUGGGCUUCCGAAGCAGACCCACUUCCUGUCUAUCCUGACGCUGCCCCCACCGCCUGCUGGGGGGAGGCGGAGCGGAGUGGGGAAAGUGCUGCUGGGGCUGGGGCCAUCAUAGGGAUGCUGUGGGACAAGGGACAUGCUUGCUCCCUGGACCGCUGAGGGAGACGAGCCAGGAAGGGACAGGGGACAAGUCUUGGGAGCAAAGGCAGCGAAUGCUGUAGCACUACCCCCGGAGCAUCCCGUCACAGCGUUUCGGCAUCCCCCUAACCAGUCUCAGCCCCCAGAUGCUCCAAGCCCCCUCUGCAGUGCAGCCACUCUGAUGAAUUCACAGCCCUGCUGAAAAGCCUUUAACGCCCCUGUUUGCUCUAGGAUGUCGCAUAAACGCCCUAGCCUGGCACUGACAUCUGGGCUGCGCUCCCCACCCCAACUCUGCCACUCCAGGCCUGCUUUCCUGCAUCCCCUCCCCUGCCAGGACCACCCACCUUUCUGGCUCAGCUGCCACCCCCACAGAGCUAUCUUCAUGGGCCCGAGAGCCCUUGGCGCCUGCCAUCGUACCCUGAGCAUGCCUGUGCUCGGCAUAUCCUGCAUGGUGCGGCACCACUGCUAGCUGGAAGCCUGGCUGUCCUGCCAGGACAAAGGCCCAGUGAUCUCCCUGAAAGAUGCACACAGACUCCCAGCCGUCGGGUCAACGCUGAGACAGCGGCCCUAUAGGACAGGGUAGGAUGCUAGAUUAAUAAAAAAAGAUUCAAUGUCCAAGCACCCAGUCAAGGGUUUCUGAAAAGUGGGCUUAAAAACCAACAUUCCUUCCCCUCUGUCGCCCAGGCAAGGCGCUGGGUGCCCUCUUAUGCCUCCCAAGCCAUUCAGUCCUUCAUUUAGAGUUACUUUUUGAGCACCUUUAUGUUUCAGCCCCUGUUCCAGACUCCAGAGAAACAGCAAUAAAUGAUACAAUUCCCAGUC